GUGUCCCGGCAGAGGGAGGUGAAGAUAGGACACCUAUGGGCAGCAGGACUGGGGACUCCGAGGACCUUUGGGUGUGUGGGGGUUGGAAGAGGAGGGUGUGGGGGUGGCAGCCCAGGUUAUUGAUCCCGGCCUCCCUGGUUCUACCCACAGUGACCACAGCUCCCCAGGAGCCCCCUGCCCGGCCUCCCCAGGCGGGCAGUGGAGUCAACCGGGCCCCUGGGCGCGCCAUGCGCAGCACCACCCUACUGGCGUUGCUGGCCCUGGUCCUACUCUACUUGGUAUCCGGUGCCCUGGUGUUCCAGGCCCUGGAGCAGCCCCACGAGCAGCAGGCCCAGAGGGAGCUGGGGGAGGUCCGAGAGAAGUUCCUGAGGGCCCAUCCAUGUGUGAGCGACCAGGACCUGGGGCUCUUCAUCAAGGAGGUGGCUGAUGCCCUGGGAGGGGGUGCGGACCCUGACACCAACUCAACCAGUAACAGCAACCACUCAGCCUGGGACCUGGGCAGCGCCUUCUUUUUCUCAGGCACCAUCAUCACCACGAUCGGCUAUGGCAACGCGGCCCUGCGCACAGAUGCCGGGCGGCUCUUCUGCAUCUUUUACGCGCUGGUGGGGAUCCCGUUGUUCGGGAUCCUGCUGGCAGGGGUCGGGGACCGGCUGGGCUCCUCUCUGCGCCGCGGCAUCGGUCACAUCGAAGCCAUCUUCCUGAAGUGGCACGUGCCACCGGAGCUGGUGCGAAUACUAUCCGCGGUGCUCUUCCUGUUGAUUGGCUGCCUGCUCUUUGUCCUCACGCCCACGUUCGUGUUCUGCUACGUGGAGGGCUGGAGCAAGCUGGAGGCCAUCUACUUCGUCGUAGUGACGCUCACCACGGUGGGCUUCGGGGACUAUGUGGCCGGCGCCAGCCCCAACCAGAACUCUGCAGCCUACCAGCCGCUGGUGUGGUUCUGGAUCCUGCUCGGCCUGGCCUACUUCGCCUCAGUACUCACCACCAUCGGGAACUGGCUUCGAGUAGUGUCCCGGCGCACUCGGGCAGAGAUGGGCGGCCUCACGGCGCAGGCCGCCAGCUGGACCGGCACCGUGACGGCGCGGGUGACCCAGAGAGUCGGGCCCACGGCACCACCGCCGCUGGAGAAGGAGCGGCCACUCCUGCCUCCACCGCCGUGCCCAGCGCAGCCCGCCGCCGGGCCCCUGUCCCCUGCGCUCCCAGCGAAGGCCGAGCCGCCAACCCCGCCGUCCCCGCCCACCCCGCCCACCGCCUCCGCGCUGGAUUACCCCAGCGAGAACCUGGCCUUCAUCGACGAGUCCUCUGAUACCCAGAGCGAGCGUGGCUGCGCGCUGCCCCGCGCGCCACGGGGUCGCCGUCGCCCCCCUAACCCUCCCCGGAAGCCCGUGCGGCCGCGGGGCCCAGGGCGUCCCCGGGAAAAAGGCGUGCCGGUGUAGGGGCAGGACCCCCGGCCCGGGCCUCUCAAAGGGCUUCGUUCUAGCUCUCCCUGGCAUGCUCUGCUUGUUUGACCAAAGAGGCCUCUUUCGACCGGACUGAGGCCUGGGGAGGAAGCUACGGGUUGCUUGUCUGCCACCCUCCCCCCUCCCCCCCCCCCCCCCCCCCCCCCGCCCGGCUCCUGGCCCUCUCCUCACUUCAUUCAUUUGCAGACCCCCCAAGGCUUUCUGUCUCGCUGUCCCGGCUGGGCCCGUCCCUCACAACACCUCACGACUGUGCCUCAAAGCCUGCAUCAAUAAACGAAAACAGUUUG